CUCUAUGAACUGGAUGAGGACCCGAAACGCAAGGAGUUCCUGGAUGACCUCUUUGGCUUCAUGCAGAAGAGAGGGACACCCGUGAACCGCAUCCCCAUCAUGGCCAAGCAGGUGCUGGACCUGUACAUGCUCUACCGACUCGUGACGGACAAGGGUGGCCUGGUCGAAGUCAUCAAUAAGAAGCUGUGGCGGGAGAUCACCAAGGGCCUCAACCUGCCUUCCUCCAUCACCAGCGCUUCCUUCACCCUCCGCACGCAAUACAUGAAGUACUUGUACCCCUACGAAUGUGAGAAGCAGGCGUUCAGUUGCCCCAGUGAGCUCCAAGCUGCCAUCGACAGCAACCGGCGGGAGGGACGGAGGCAGACCUUCGGCACGGCACUCUUCAACUACUCACCCACCCCAACCCUGCUGGGCUCCCCUGAAAUGCCUGUGCCUGCUCUUAGCAUCUCCGCGCACAGCUGCAGCCAGCUUGGCCAAGCACACACGGUUAAGAACGAGGACAGCGUACUGGCAGCGGCAGUGCCGAGGCACAUUGCUAUGGGACUGGCAGGCCACCGCCUGGUGGUGGCUCAAGCAGCGGCUGCCUCGCAAGCAGCAGCGCAAGAGCAGCUGCGGGAGAAGCUAGAGAUGGGGGAGCCCCCAGAGAAGAAGGUGGCCCUGACAGUGGAGGAGCAGCAGCGGCUGGGGGCAAAUCGGCUGGUGCAACAUGUGCUGCAGCACAACCUCCUGGACCCAGCCUCCCAAUUCCCCAUGAAUGUCAAGAUCUCCAACCGAGAUGACAGACAGGAGACAGCAUUGAGCCUGUCCACCGAUGGCAUUAGCAGUAUCAACAUGUCAAUAGAAAUAAAUGGAGUUGUCUACACAGGUGUCCUGUUCGCUCGCCAGCCCCAAGCUCCCCCAGCAGGAGGGAGCACCUAG